GUGAAAAAGUUGAAAAGAGUAGACGUCUGGGCAAGUGAAGAAAGCAAGUUUUUGAAUAUUUCAAAAAGUGCAGACCAAAAGUAAAGAAAUAAAUUAACUUUUCUGUGUGAAACAAGAAAAUAAGCCAAUAUGCAAAUUUUCGUUAAGACUCUGACCGGCAAGACCAUCACUUUGGAGGUUGAGCCAUCCGAUACCAUCGAGAACGUCAAGGCCAAGAUCCAGGACAAGGAGGGAAUCCCCCCAGAUCAGCAGCGUUUGAUCUUCGCCGGAAAGCAGCUGGAGGACGGACGCACUCUGUCCGACUACAACAUCCAGAAGGAGUCGACCCUUCACUUGGUCCUGCGUCUGCGUGGUGGCAUGCAGAUCUUCGUGAAGACUCUGACUGGCAAGACCAUCACCUUGGAAGUUGAGCCAUCCGAUACCAUCGAGAACGUCAAGGCCAAGAUCCAGGACAAGGAGGGAAUUCCCCCAGAUCAGCAGCGUUUGAUCUUCGCCGGAAAGCAGCUGGAGGACGGACGCACUCUGUCCGACUACAACAUCCAGAAGGAGUCGACCCUUCACUUGGUCCUGCGUCUGCGUGGUGGCAUGCAGAUCUUCGUGAAGACUCUGACUGGCAAGACCAUCACCUUGGAAGUUGAGCCAUCCGAUACCAUCGAGAACGUCAAGGCCAAGAUCCAGGACAAGGAGGGAAUCCCCCCAGAUCAGCAGCGUUUGAUCUUCGCCGGAAAGCAGCUGGAGGACGGACGCACUCUGUCCGACUACAACAUCCAGAAGGAGUCGACCCUUCACUUGGUCCUGCGUCUGCGUGGUGGCAUGCAGAUCUUCGUGAAGACUCUGACUGGCAAGACCAUCACCUUGGAGGUUGAGCCAUCCGAUACCAUUGAGAAUGUCAAGGCCAAGAUCCAGGACAAGGAGGGAAUCCCCCCAGAUCAGCAGCGUUUGAUCUUCGCCGGAAAGCAGCUGGAGGACGGACGCACUCUGUCCGACUACAACAUCCAGAAGGAGUCGACCCUUCACUUGGUCCUGCGUCUGCGUGGUGGCAUGCAGAUCUUCGUGAAGACUCUGACUGGCAAGACCAUCACCUUGGAAGUUGAGCCAUCCGAUACCAUCGAGAACGUCAAGGCCAAGAUCCAGGACAAGGAGGGAAUCCCCCCAGAUCAGCAGCGUUUGAUCUUCGCCGGAAAGCAGCUGGAGGACGGACGCACUCUGUCCGACUACAACAUCCAGAAGGAGUCGACCCUUCACUUGGUCCUGCGUCUGCGUGGUGGCAUGCAGAUCUUCGUGAAGACUCUGACUGGCAAGACCAUCACCUUGGAAGUUGAGCCAUCCGAUACCAUCGAGAACGUCAAGGCCAAGAUCCAGGACAAGGAGGGAAUCCCCCCAGAUCAGCAGCGUUUGAUCUUCGCCGGAAAGCAGCUGGAGGACGGACGCACUCUGUCCGACUACAACAUCCAGAAGGAGUCGACCCUUCACUUGGUCCUGCGUCUGCGUGGUGGCAUGCAGAUCUUCGUGAAGACUCUGACUGGCAAGACCAUCACCUUGGAGGUUGAGCCAUCCGAUACCAUUGAGAACGUCAAGGCCAAGAUCCAGGACAAGGAGGGAAUCCCCCCAGAUCAGCAGCGUUUGAUCUUCGCCGGAAAGCAGCUGGAGGACGGACGCACUCUAUCCGACUACAACAUCCAGAAGGAGUCGACCCUUCACUUGGUCCUGCGUCUGCGUGGUGGCAUGCAGAUCUUCGUGAAGACUCUGACUGGCAAGACCAUCACCUUGGAGGUUGAGCCAUCCGAUACCAUUGAGAACGUCAAGGCCAAGAUCCAGGACAAGGAGGGAAUCCCCCCAGAUCAGCAGCGUUUGAUCUUCGCCGGAAAGCAGCUGGAGGACGGACGCACUCUGUCCGACUACAACAUCCAGAAGGAGUCGACCCUUCACUUGGUCUUGCGUCUGCGUGGUGGCGCCAUCUAGAUUUUUUCACACAUAAAACAAUUGAAGUUAGUUGUGCCACAAGGCAACUCAAGAAUUCAUACUAA